AUGCCGCUGCACAUAGUGUUGCUGCCCCGCUACUUCCACCCGCGCCAGGCGAAUCCCAGUGAGUUGCGCUGCGUUUUCCGGGCCGCCUACCUUGCGCGCCUCGCCGCCCGCCUGCGCCGAGACCUCUUCACCCCAGCAGCCGGCUUUGACCGAGGGGACGGAUUGUACCUGUACAAGCGACCCGUGCAGAGCGCUUCGAGCGACAAGGCGGCUCUGCUGGCCUCGGCAGGCACCGUGUUCCACCACGUCGUCAUUUACGUGAAGCAGGGGCAGGAGCUGACGGCACUGGAGAUGGGCCCAGCCAACGAAAUGGACAUUACUGACAACCUGCUGGCAGAGGCGCUGCCGGGGCCGCUGCUGCUGCGCCCCGCGCCGCAGCCCGACCCGCGCCACCUGCCCAUGCUGCACGUCGCCGCGCCGCACCACGCGCUGGAUGCGAGGCACGUGCGCCAGGCACUCCAGUUUGCGGGUGGCACCAUGUACCACGCGCUGCGCAACAACUGCAUCUGCUUUGCCGACUUUGUGGUGCGGGUGCUGACCGGCGGCGCCGUGCGGGGCGCGCCCCUCAUCUUUGACGCGCUGGUGGGGCAGGUGCCGGUGGCCGACUCGCCGCUGCUGGCCCUGCUGGAGCUGACUAUGCAGAUGAGCUGGCACGACGUGUGCGACGGCAGCCGCCUGCUGCACGCCUUCCUGCGGCAGCACCCGGCAGGCCUUCCACCGCCGCCAGCUGGAAGCGAGGCCCUCAGCAUCCUUGUCGAGCCUGCGGUGCCUGCCGAGGCAGGCAGCGAGACGGCGACAGAGACGGUGGCAGCCUCCGCGGCGCCUGCGCUCCCCACUCUCAGUGCGCUGCUGGGCCUGCUGGCCCCCGGCGCGCUGCAGGCGGCGGGCCCUGGGCUGUCGCCCUUGCUUGCGCCUGCCUCCGCCCCUGUGCCAGCUGUGCGGCCUGCAGACAGCAGCAGCGACAGUGACGUCACUGUGGGCGGCGUGGAACGGAGGGAGGAGACGGAGACCGAUCUGGCGGUACCCUCCCCUCCCUCGCCCUCGCUGGGUGCCAGCCUGGCAGCCGUCUCCUCCAGCGCCAGCACCGGCAGCAACGGCAGGGCGCGGGCUGGCGUGCGCGGGCUGGGGCUGCCGCCGCGCAAGCUCAAGGCUGCCGCCGGCAGCGCGGCGGGCCGCGGGUAG